AUGAGUUCUGAAGAUACUUUUAACAGCAAGAACGUUCCGGUGAAGUCUCUCACCUUCACCUACCUCUCACUUCUAUUGAAGACAGCAAACCACGCUGCACUGCUCAUACCUGAUGCAAGCACCAGCGAGUUACAGGUGAGCACGGCGCGGGAGAUCUGUGAGCGCGUUCUCUCUCACUGCCCGGAGUUCGUCGACCAGACCCGCCACGCGGCGUUCCGAACUCUCUCCGACCCGAAAUACUGCGGCAAGAUGGCGGUGCUCGCCGGCCUGCUGCGGGUGUUCCGCAAGGAACGUAGCAAGGUGCUGCUGUUCUCCUACUCGACGCGG